UACGGCAGUCUGCGACAGAACGACGUCGCCGAUUCCUUAUCCCCCGUCGAGCCAGAGCAGGACCGGAGAGGUGAAAAUCCCUGCUGCGUCUUCCAACCCCUUUUUGGUGAAUGUGCUUCCCUCCUGCAUGCGGAAGCCCCCGAGCCUGGAGGAGUGCGAGGUGGUGAUUCGCCAGCUGUGGAAUAUUAACCACAUGCAGAUGCAAGAGCUGAUGUAUUUGAGAUCAUGUCUGGAUGAUAUACACAAGACCAAAAGAAUUCCUGAAGAUUACAUGCUAGCUGGUCAACUUGGGACCCAGGAGAGCACCAAGUUGCCCAGAGUGAGGAACGCCCCCAAGAAAUGCAGGAUUCUGACCCCGCUGCCUGCUGCCGAAAGAGCCGUGCUGCCAGCCCUGAAGCAGACGCUGGGGAACGCCUUUGCUGAGAGGCAGAAGAGGGCGCAAGCCAUUCAGAGGAACAGGCUCCACCGGACCGCGCUGUAGCCCAGGCGGCCCGCGCAGCUCGUUCUCCUCCACGGGGCCUCCUGUCCAAGCAGCGAUCCUUUCGACCUCCCCUUCACAGAGCAACUCACACUAUAUCCUAGAUCUUUCCUCUGCAGUUUUCCCAUUUUUGUUAGACUUUGUACGUAUGCCAGCUUUUACGUUCACUACACUACAGAAAACCACAAUUCAUAGUGCUUAAUUGCUAGGACUGGUUUGUCUUCAAUAGCGGAGGUUUACUACUU